CCCUCGGUAGUGCGGCUGACAUUCACGUGCCCGAUGGCCAUAUGGAGAGGGGGGUGAGACUCCGUGGGGCCAUGUGCGGCUUUCGGGUCGACGCGAUUCGCGUGUGAGGUGUUUCACGGUGGCCCGAUUCGGAGAUCGAUGGGGUUGCCUGGAUGCAGCUGAGUGCUCCGAGGACUAGGACGAUUUCCAGGGGCGAGGGAUAGGUCGAGUAGGCGGGUCAUAGCCUUCGAGAGGUAUUGGGUGUCAGAUGCGUGCAUGUCUGAUUCGAAGUAAGGGAAGUGGAUCUCGACAUAUUGUAAGCAUAGGCCAGGCUAGUGAUGGAGGGAUCGAGAGUGAAAUGGUGCUUAAUCUGUAGGAGCGUUCUAGGGGCGAUCCAGUAGCCAAAUCGAUAGAUUGCAUUGAAAAAGGGAGUGAUCCCGUGCGAGACUUCGCGGCAGUCUAAUCACAGGCAUGGAGGGUCAUCACAUGCAUCAUGGUUCCAUGAUGAACAGCAGUGACAUGUUGUCUUUGCCCAUGAUGAAUGCGACUACUAUGAUGAACAGUUCUCAGGCUUCUGGCUGCAAAGGUUGCCACACCAUGGACCAUGGACACUCUCACAGCAUGCAGAGGGAAUCACACGAUGGCCACACAGGGAUGAGCAUGGACAUGAUGCCAAUGUAUUUCCAUUUCUCCAAGAGUGCCACCAUUUUGUUUGAAAAGUGGGCAAUAAACAAUGCAGGUGGCCUCAUAGGAUCCAUGAUUGCCAUAUUCUUGAUGGCAGUUAUCUAUGAAGGCCUGAAAUACUACCGGGAUUACUUGUUUCGAAGGGCAUCCAAUGCCAUCGUGGGCUCAGUGAGUUCGACGGACUCCAAGGGCAUCAUCGUUCAACCGGCAUCAUCUGCAGAAACUCGAAUGCUUGGUCAGCAUCAUCUCCUGCAAACCCUUCUCCAUGUGAUUCAGAUCACUCUCAGCUACUUCCUUAUGCUCAUUUUUAUGACUUACAAUGCUUGGCUUUGCAUCGCCGUUGUCCUUGGAGCGGGCGUCGGAUACUUCAUCUUUGGCUGGAGAAAAUCUAUAGUUGUAGAUAUCACAGAGCACUGUCACUGAUGAUCUGACUGUGGUGUAGGGUAAGUUUAUGAAUUAGAUCACAGAAUCAUAUAUCAUUGUAUUCUUGUGAACAUUCUGCUGCCUUUGGGACCAAUCAAAGGUCACUGCAUUAUUAUGGUGAAUUACAUGCCAUACAGUGUUACAUCACUGUCUCUCUCACUUUCUUCAUCUGGAGGUCCCAGAUCUCUCAUGAUUUGCUGAAUGCAAUGGAGUGGUCAAACCAUGUUAUCUGUUGCCUGAUAGUUGAAUGUAGUCCAUUGUGUGAUUUUGUUUAGUCAUAUGAACACCUUUGAGUGCUUUCCAGAUGGGGAUGAUUUUGUUGGAAGAUUGCAUACUCAGUUUUUUUUAAAUUUAAAUUCAAAUGAAAUUUUCCUAAAAAGGAAAGAAAUCAGUGGUCGUGUAUUGAUGACCAUCCGAAGGCUGUUUUCUUGACUACAUCUGUGUGCUUUCAGGAUGACUGCUGUGGUAAUGCACAAAGAGGGCAUGACUUGCAGAGCAGAAAUUUAACAGUAUGAAUUCCUGUGAUCAUAUCCGUUUUGUUUUGAUUGAGAACUGCCAAGAUUAGAAGUGUGACAUUAGGAAAAUUGCACCCAGUUGCCUGUAGCCCAAGUUUAUCUUGGCAUCUGUAUUUCCCCAUU